AUGGAAGAGGAAGAUCUGACUACACGAUGGAAACGACUUCACCUAUCAAAGGAAGAGAACUCUGUUUUCCAUAUCAAACCAGAAGAACGCAAGGAAGGGAGCCUCCGUGGGAAACUCUGUAUUAUAGGAAGAGUUUUAUUUGGAAAAAUCGUUCAUAAUGAGGCUUUUGGGACGACAAUGUCUCAGUUGUGGAGGCUAGGUGGAUGGGUGCGAUUCAAGGAUUUAAACGACCAAUGUUUUCGGAUUGAGUUUCAGCAAGUGCAGGACAAGGAGAAAGUGUUAAGCAUUAGGCCAUGGUGUUUUGAUAGAAAUUUACUGACCUUACAAGAGGUUGAUGAAAAUGUGUCCAUCAACGCAAUGCAAUUCCGAUAUGAACCCUUCUGGAUUCAAUGCCACAACCUCCCCUUGGCUGCAAUGACGGAAGACAUAGGGGAGCAGUUUGGAUCCUCUCUUGGACAUGUUAUAAGGGUGGAUGUUGAAUCUGAUGGAUCCGCGAGAAGAUGCCUCCGUAUCAGGGUAGCUGUGGAUCUCCAUAAACCUCUCUUGAGGGGGGAAAUGGUUGGAGUUUGA